GGCCGCCGGGCCUGGGCCCCUGCUUCGCCCGCAAACUGUGCUGGAGGAGCCGCGCUGAUGGAUCCGAUUCAGGGCCCUGUGACCUUUGAGGACGUGGCUGUGUACUUUUCCCAGGAGGAAUGGAAGCUUCUUGAUGAGGCCCAGAGACUCCUGUACCGUGAUGUGUUGCUGGAGACCUUUGCACUUGUUGCAUCAUUGGGUUGUUGGCAUGGAGCAGAGCACAAGGAGAUAACGUCUGAGCAGAAUGUUUCUGUAGAAGUGCCACAAAUAAAUACUUCAAAGACAGACCUGUCCAUCCUGAAGUCCUAUCCCUGGGAGAGGUGCUGCCUGGCCUUAGACAGUAGUUUGUGUGUAGCUGAAGACCUGGGAACAAUUCCUGGCCAGAAACUGUGUGUGUCAGGUGUGAAAUUUCACCAGCACAGUGGAGGGAAACUCUUUAGAAGAGACAUGGGUAAGACCUUUAUGAGGAGCCACAUAGUCCAUGCAUCCAAGAACUCUUUUGCAUGCCAGGAGGCUGGGAAGGAUUCCCCUGGUAGCUCUAGCCUUCUCCAGCACCAGGUCACUCCACAAAAGGACGCCAAGUGUGCAAAGGCCUUUCACAAUGGACAUAGCCUGUAUAAAUACUAUGUAUGUGAGAAAGCCUUCAGCGGCAAACACAAACUGGCUCAUCACCCGAGUGUCCACACUGGAAAGAGGCCUUACGAAUGCAGUGAAUGUGGGAAAACCUUCAGCUUUAAAGGGAUACUUGUUAAGCACCAGAGAAUCCACACUGGAGAAAGGCCUUAUGAGUGCUGUGAGUGUGGAAAAGCCUUCAGCUGGAAAAGCUCACUCGUUCAGCACCAGAGAGUCCACACCAGAGAAUGGCCUUAUAAGUGCAGCGAAUGUGGGAAAGCCUACAAACACAAAAAUUCACUUGUUAAGCACCAGAGAGUCCACACUGGAGAAUGGCCUUAUAAGUGCAGUGAAUGUGGGAAAGACUUCAGACACAGAAAGUCACUUGUUCACCAGAGAGUCCACACUGGAGAAUGGCCUUAUAAGUGCAGUGAAUGUGGGAAAGCCUUCAGACACAAAAAGUCAUUUGUUCAGCACCAGAGACUCCAUGUUGGAGAACUGCUUUAUAAGUGCUGUGAAUGUGGGAAAGCCUUUAUUUCCAAAGUAAACCUUUUUCGUCACCAGAGAGUCCACACUGGAGAAAGGCCUUAUGAAUGCAGUGAUUGUGGGAAAACCUUCAUUUAUAAAGACAGUCUUGUUCGGCACUGGAGAGUCCACACUGGAGAAAGGCCUUAUGAGUGCAGUGAAUGUAGAAAAGCCUUUAGCCGCAAAGACUCACUUGUUAAGCACCAGAGAGUCCACAAUGGAAAAUAGCCUUAUAAGUGUAGUGAAUGUGGGAAAACUUUUAAAAAAAAUAUUUAUUGAUCGGUUGAUUGAUUUAGUUGUGCUGGGUCUUAGUUGCAGCACCCGGGAUCUUUGAUCUUUGUUGCGGCAUGCAGGAUCUUUAGUUGCGGCAUCUUUAGUUGAAGCCCCUGGGAAAACUUUUAAAUAACAACCGACUCACACUUGUUUGGCACCAGUGAAUUCAUAUCGUUGAAAGGCCUUAUGAGCGCAGUGAAAGGGGAAAUUCUUUAGCCAAAGUUCCAACCUUAUUGUACACCAGAGAAUUCACACUGGAGCAAAGACUUACGAGGGCAGUGAGUGUGGGAAGUGAUUUAGCCAAACUACUCUCAUUUUGCACAAGAGAGUUUACACUGGGGAAAGGCCUUAUAAGUGCAUUGAAUAUGGGAAACAGUCAAUACUCCACUGUCAUUAAACACCAGGGUUCACACUGGAGAAAAACCAUAUGUGUGCACUGUAUGUAGAGGAUUCUCAGUCAAAACUCCCAACUUACUCAACACCAAAAAGCUCAUGCUACAGAAAGGCAUUGCCAGUACAGCAAAUGUGGAAAAUUUUUCUGUCAAAGUCUGCUCUGACUGAGCACCAGAAACUUAACAGCCCAGAUGGACCCUAUGAGUGCAGUGAAUGUAAGAAAGCUUUCAGCUGAAGGUCUAACUUCAUUCGUCACCAGAAAGUUCCUACUGGAGAAAGGCCUUCAAAUGAGAUGAGGAGAGCAGCGAAUGAGCUGUCUCCUUAGUUAAUACAUCAUACUGAAUAGGCUCUGUGAGGGAGUCAUCAACUGGAAGUUGAAUGCCAUACAUCUAAACAGCCCUAGUGUGAAGAUUGCCUAUGAGUAUCCGGCUCAUAGGAAGCUUUUAAGGAGCUAUGCUCUACUUCUGACCUGUGCAGGGCCCUUGCCAUACUUAAUGUCACUGUGAGUUUCUUAUCUCUACUAAGUGGCAGAUCCCAAUACUGGGAAUCAGUCACCUCAGUGUGAUCAGGGUAGGUCGACUUUUGUGCUCUCCUAUCCCUUGUAGAAAAGCAUGGAUACGCUGAGCACUUGGGUUUUGUCAUUCUCUUAGUUCCUGUCAACUGCCUAUGACAGGACCAAAGCAGCUUUGAUCAUGGGGAUCCAGUCCAGUUUCUCCUGGUGGCUCGCAGUGGUUUGCCUUCUUUGGUGGCAUUGUCUAAUACCAUGCUAAUGGUGGAUUUUAUUUAGGUCCAAGUCACCCUGUUUGGGAAUUAUCUGCCUCAGUUUUUCUG